AUGACUGACACUGCGUUAAAUCGGUUAAAAGAUGAACGUAGAGAUUGGAGGAAAAAUCAUCCAUUUGGUUUCGUUGCUAAACCAUGCUUAAAUCAAGAUGGUUCUCUCAACUACAAAGUUUGGAAGUGUCGUAUACCUGGGUUGAAUAAUACGUUUUGGGAAAAUGGCAGAUACAACAUGUUCAUGAUAUUCUCGGAUGAUUAUCCCAUUAGUCCACCGAUCUGCAGAUUUUUUCCAAUAAUUUUCCACCCAAAUGUGUGCAGAACUUGUGGUACUGUGCGAUCAUCAUUGUUGAAUAUCAACAAUCAUUGGGAUCCAAUCUACAGCAUCCGGCACAUUCUACUUGUAAUCCAAUUGAUGUUGCAUGAACCGAGCAUUGUAGACAUUGCUAAUGAAAUAGCAUAUUUUCUCUAUAGUGUACCAGAUCGGACUGACUAUUAUAGACUCGUCCAAUGGCAAGCCAGGAGAAUGUCAGAAGACUGAUGUUAGAAUAUGUAUAGUUGAAGGAGACAAGAUGAUAAAUUUAUUUAAUUACCUUAUACAAAAGUAACAAUUGCCAAUAUGUACUUUACUUCUGUUAAGCAGUAAGUAAUAUACUAAUAUCGAAAUGUAUCAUAUACGAUAUUAAA